GUACUAAAUAUACAUUAUACAUUAAAAACAAUCCUCCGGCCAAUAGUGAGAGAGGAAAUACAUUUACAAACGUAAUGUAAAAGAACAACUAGGAAACAAAUUUAAGUGAGGUCAGGGCGCACUCGACGCACAAGAAUGAAAUGAAAAUAGCAAGAAUGGAGUCGCGAAGUUCUGCUAAAUAUAGCUGGGCGGCGGCAGAGCGCGCGAGUGUCGACACCGCGCGCACGCGCCGCCUUAUCUCGCUUUGUUCCAAUCUCUUUAUUGCUCAUAAUAACAUUUUGCUUUAGUGUUAUUUACUUCAGUAAAAUUUCAGUUAGCAAUUAAUCGGGAAACGCUACUCUCGAGUUAAACCUGCCGACAUCUUAUAUGGAUACCGUGAAUAGAACCACGACCUCAAAUGCGUCAAAUUGAGGCUAAUAAUGCUCUAGUUCUGGUUUUCGUACUUUGGAACUUCGCCUUUAUUUUCAUGUGCGUGUGAUGAGCGAGCCGGAGGAGAGUGAGAGACCUCGCGCGCGGCCUCUGUCCGGCGGGCUGUGGUCGCUGCUGUGGUGGCUGCGGCGCGACGGGGGCUCCUCCGACAGCCUCUCCAGCGCCGGCUCCGACCGCACCGCCGCCAGCUUCGCGUUCCUACCGCCCGCGGCGUGGCGGCAGUCCGCGCCGCACCCGCAGCCGCCGCCGCCGCCCCCCUCCGCCUCGUACCGCAAGCGGCUGCGCGACCGCGACCUGCGCCGCGUGCACGACCGGGACCUCACCCUGCACCGCAAGUACGGGCUCCACAGGGACGACGUCGCAGCAGAGCGCGACAGGAGAGCCGCGAGCGAGUGUCAGCCGCGGCGGUCGCCGCACGUGCCCGGCAAGAGGCGCGCCCCGCCGCCGCCUCUCCGCUCCUCCGCCACCCUUCCUUACCGACAUUCACGGAAACGACGAGCUCCCCAACCCCCCAUAAAAUUUGAAACAAAAGCUAAAGAAAACAUUGUGGAAGUUCAAAAUACGGAAAUGAACCCUCAUCCUGAUCUUGAUAAAAAUUCCUUACCUGUUGAUGUGUCUGCAGAAUGUAAGUCAGAGAAAUACGUUAAAAAGGAACACACGAUAACAGAAGCAAAAUCUAAACAGGAUAAGAAUUUUUUGAAACAAAUAUUUGACAAUAAAAAGAGAAGAUCGGCUAUAGAAACUUCUUCUGUAAAAAUUCUUCCAAACAUCAGUGAGUUGGAUAAACAGGCGGCAGAAUUAAUAGAGUCGUGCAGAUUAAAAGAGCAAAAUAGUAACGUUCUCAAUAUCGACCAAAAAGUUGAUAGUCAAAAUUCGAAGACAUCUAAAGGACCACGAUGGAUUUGCAUUUCUUGUCUAAGACGGUUUGAUGCAUCUAUAACAAGAUGUUCUUUUUGUUUAUCUCCAAAUAAAAAGUCAGACAUUAUUUUUAAAAACAAAAAUGAAACUAUCUAUACCCAAACGGAAAAAGAUUUGCGAGCUUCUCCAACACCAAAAGAUAUUCAGUAUGAAGAGCGGCAACAGCUUAAAAAGAUGUUAAAAGAGAUGAAAGAUUCACUUCCGAAAAAGCAUAAGCCAGCUGAACAUGUUGCUGCAAAAAACCUAGAAAUAGUAACGUCAGUUCCUUUGCUAGGUAAAGGAACUGCAUCUAUUACAGAAACUCCUACUCUUCGUAUUGGUGCAUCAAAACACAGAGGGUUGAACGUUUAUUCCGAGGAACCCACAUCAUCGAAAAAAGCCUUGGAGAUUUCUAAAAAUGCUGCAAGCGACAAUACCAAUGAAAUCGUUCGCAACAUUUUGCUUUAUAGUAAUGUAAAAUCGGAAAAACCAUUAACAAAAAAGAUUUUGCAUAGAGAUGGUCAAGUCGAAAAGGAGUUUCAUAAUGAAAAUAAAACGAAAUCCAUUGGUGUAAAAGAAACUACACAGCUAAAUGUACCAUUGAAGAUUUCAUCAUUAUUGAAUCCUGUUUAUGUCCCAAAACAACAGACUGCCAAUAAUCUUAAAAAACUUCCAGUUAUAUCCAAGCAGGAAGACAAUGAAAACAUUGAUGAUAAGUAUGUUAAAUCAGAUAAUAUAGAACUUCAAAAUAAAACUGUUGUGGCUUCUACAUCUAAUACGUCAAAUACAACUAAAGUAGAGAAUAAACAUAACAUGAAUGUGCCUCAAAAGAAGGCAUCACCGCCGGUUUCAAAACUUGGUAAGAGAACAGUAUCUACAGAGUCAAAAACAAGUGCAGCAAAUCAAAAAUCAAUUGUAACUAAGGUAGACGAAGUCAAUCAGCAUUCGCGGCGACGAGACCUAAUAAAUCAACUUGAGAAGUCGAUAGCCGAGGGCGACGAACGCGCCGCAGCGGACGCGGCCGCUAAACUUGCACAGUUACGGCUGUCAUGUUCAGUCUUAUCGUUUACUUCACAAAUUUUAGGCCAAUUAUCUAACCAUGAUAACGCUUCACAAAACAUGUCAGCGAAGAACCAAAAUAAGCAACCUGUCGAUCAUGGAUCAAAUCAUUCUUCAAAAGUUGAAAUAGUGCCAAAUACAUCAAAAGCUCCUGGAGCAAUUUUAGAAACAAAAGAAAUUAAGAAGAAUGUCACUGAUACCGAUCAAGUUGUUAACCAUCAACCGAGUUGCAGCAAAUCGCCGGAGGAAGUGAAUGAGAAAAAAGUAGAUGCGGCGAGUUCUCAAGAAGUUGCUCGUGCAGAUGGAUCUAAUAUGGCAUCAAUUUCCAUAUGGAUCGAGGACAAGCACGCCGCGCACGGGCCGGUGCAGCUGGCGAUCAGCCGCGACGCGACGCUGGAGGAGCUGCGCGCGCGCGCGGCGGCGGAGCUGGGCGUGGCGCGGCCGCUGCAGCGCUGGGUGGUGGGCCGCGCGCUCUGCGCGGACGCGCGCGCGCCGCUGCGGGCGCUGGCCGGCCCACACCUUGAUGCGCCUUUUUAUCUAUGCUUAGUCGAAUUCGAUACGAAGAAUAAAUCAAUAUCUCUUGGAAAAAAUGAGUGUACAAAUUCCGCAAAGAACAUUGACAACUCAGGGACUGAAACAAAGAGUGAAAAUGAUAAUGCUGGCGACGUGUACACUGAACUGAUGCGCCUAGAGAGCCAGGCCAUCGUCCCCAACGGUGAUGCAUUCGAGUGUCCAGUCUGCAUGGAAGACUGCCCCGCGGGCCUCGGAGCCGUGUUACGCGAAUGUGUUCACUCGUUUUGCCGCAACUGUCUCGCGGACAUGAUCCGCCACUGCGCGGAGCCGACGGUGGGCUGCCCCGCCCCGGGGUGCCCGGGCACGCUGCACGAGCGAGAGAUCCGCGCGCUGGUGUCGGCCGCGGAGUGCGAGCGCUGGCUGGCGCGAGGGCUGGCGGCCGCCGAGAGCGGCGAGCGCAAUGCGUUCCACUGCCGCACCAGCGACUGCAAGGGGUGGGCGCUUUGUGAAGCUGGUGUGCGAACGUUUCCCUGUCCUGUGUGCAAACGAAAUAACUGUGUGCCUUGUCAGGCGAUACAUGAAGGAGAAACAUGCGAACAAUAUCGUUCUAAAUUGCAACAAGCUGCUAAUAAAGUUACAAAUCAAACCGAUGAAGGGACUAAAGCACUUCUGGACUCUCUAAUUUCACGCGGUGAAGCUCUUGAAUGUCCAGAAUGUAGUGCAAUCAUAACAAAGAAAUGGGGUUGCGACUGGGUGAAAUGUUCUGCUUGCAAGACGGAGAUCUGUUGGGUGACGCGGGGCCGCCGCUGGGGGCCCGGCGGCCGCGGCGACACCAGCGCCGGCUGCCGCUGCGGCGUCGACGGCAAGAGGUGCCACCCAUCUUGCGGAUAUUGUCAUUAAAUAAUAAAUUGUAACCUUUUAUUACAACCCGUUAUUCACUUAUACAUACAUAUCAAAUAAAUUGUAUUUAAACAAC